UCAGAAUCAAGGAAUUCUAGAUCAGACCCAAGCAACAAUCUUAGCAGCAAUCUCAGAGGGAAAAAACAAUGGAUCUCCUAUUCGUGGGAUUCAACUACCCACUCCGCCAAACCCUACAACACAUGAUAGACACCAUUGGAGAUGAGCUGGAUGCGAACGUCACCGACGCAGGCAGCAAGUCCUCAUCUUCUGCGAAGCGACAACGACCACGCGUCCUCGCCAGAGUCGUCGGAUCUCUCAAUCUCUCCGCAGAGUCUCCGGAUCUCACAGCCUCCCAAUCACUCAGCCGGACUCCCUGAGUCACCGCAGGAAGAGCAUGGGGAGUCAAAUUUUUCGUUGAAAACCUCUGUCAGAUCGUGACGAGCUGGGCGAAGUUUGUAUUCGUUGAUUUGUCUCAUGAUUGAGGAGUGCAGAUGGAGGUAGAGGCUGAGGUAGUUGAUGAGAAAGGAUAAGAUUGAGAGGAAGAUGUGGAUUUUGGAGAAAAGACCUGCGUAUGCUUGCAAUAUGAUUUGGGAGGUAAAGAUUUUAUUCUAGUUGGGUCAACUAGAGGAAGAAGAUGACAGGUGAAGUCAAGGGUUGGGUAUCUUAUUUGGUUGGUUUGAAUGAUGUGGCAGGUUAGGUUUUUUUGUUUGUUUGUUAAAGUUAGAUGAUUAGGCACUUCUAUUAGCCACGUCAUCAAAAGACUAACAGCGUUAACGAAGGUUGACGGAAGGUAACAGAGAGUGACCAAAUUUGAAUUGUUCCCUUAAUUCUAGUGACUACGAAUGAAAUUAAAUAUUUGUAAUGACCAACAUGAACGUUUUUAGUUAUUUCAGUGAACUAACUUUGCAAUUGACCCUAUAUGUCAAUUCUCAUACCAAAAGCACGGACACAGUAAACCAAUCAAACAGUUGACCUAACCCAAAUUAAGCAAUUAAAUCCCAAUGAAGAGUGUCUGGAACUGAAGGACCUCAAAUCAUUUGCAUAUACAGAAUCCUAAUGCUUGAUUUGGCAUAUGUGAAAGGAACAAAAAACUUUCCACCCAUAACAAAAAUACCGAAUGAAAUUCUUUUAGCUUUAGGUGUUUCUGUGAAGGAAAAGACAAAAGCUUUCCACCCAACAAAAGAACCCCAAUAUGAUGCUGCCUUUCAUCAUAUUAAUCCAAAAAUAGCCAAAUCCAAAGGAAAGAAAAAAAAACAGAGAAACCGAAGACCACCAAUUUAACCAUGAAAUAGACGCGCUAUCUCUUUGCGCAGCGGGUCCGAUUAAAUCCCAUCAACAAAGCAGACAGUAGUCGAGCCGAUUUCACCAGAUUCUAUAGGUCACAGUCUCACAGACAUGAAUCGAAUUAAACGGUAGCAUGCAGCGCUAAACAUAAUAUGUAUGCGGAAUAUAAUGAAUCAAUAAACACAAUCACGCACGUAACAUAUCCAUGUAUAUGGAAGCCCCAAUAAUCUAACAAAGAUAUACCACUUGUUGGAAUUAAUCGAAAUAUGUAAUUCCCUGGAAAUAUCUUGUUAGAUUAUCAAAGGCGAAUAUAUCUAAAUACCUGGAUUCAUGAUGGUAGAUCGUCGGGAGCUUGAUACAGAAUCUGUAGAACGCUCUUUAACCGGACGAUACGUCGAAGAGCACAAUAUGGGAAGUUUAGUGGCCUUCCUCAACCAAACUUCCUUAGUCCACUCACGGGAAACCUCACGUAUUCCUGAUGGGGAGAAUAUGUGUGUAUUUUCGGUCUUGGUGUUUUAGGGACCACAACCUCUAAUAUCUUUAUAUACAAUGUUUAGCUAGGGUUCCCAUAAAACCCUACUUAGGUUUAGUAUCUGGUUUCCACUCAUUGGACCCAUAUCAAAUAUUGAGUAGUCUUGGACUUCAUAAUUUAACCACUUACAAUUAACCCACUUUAACAAAUAACUAAUAUAAUUAUAAACCCAUAAACCACAACCCACAUCACGCGGAACAUAUAUGUCCAACAAACACUACUCGUACUCCCGAUUUCUCAAUUUUUCCCCCUCUUUUCUUUCUCACUAAUAUUCAUGCCAUGCAUACGUAGAUGACCUACACCACUAUUUUCCUCUUCUUUCUUUUAUUUUCCUUCUUUCUGUUACACCCCAUCAUGUUACUAAGCAAAAAUGACCAUUAUGCCCUUGAUAAUUUUUUUUAUCAAAUUUCACCACAAUAUCGAUGAGGACUACAAAUGUGAAUUCUCAAUUGAAAUGAUUUUGAGUUUUGACAUAAGACGAGAAAGUUACGGACGUUAACCGAGUUUGGAUUAAACUCACUUGAAAUCG